UUUUCAUUUUCCUUAUUUUUAUAUUAAACUUAUCUUUUUUUUUUUUUUAAUAAUUACCAUGGGCAAAGGGUUUACAUUAGAAGUGCCUGUCAAUGUACCAGCCAAUAUGCCUUGGCUUUCACGUGUGAAAACGGGCUUUCACUUUGCUCAACUUGCAAUGAUAUUCUUGACGAUAUGUGUGGUGGCUCCUCUUAUUUCUACAGAAAACAAAUACUAUGGUGGUAGCCAACCUGGACCAAAUUAUACUUUAGCGAUAUGUAUUCUAUCUAUUGUUGUUCCAGUCAUUCUUAUCUAUUUUCCUUGGGCUUAUGAACAUCAAAACAAAUUUAAAAAGAUCGGCAAAUUCGCUUUGAAGCCACGUACAAACAUGAUCUUUACUUCUUUUAAUUCUGUUGUUUGGGCUACUUGUGGUAUCGCUAUGAGUGUACAUGCUAACAAUCCUUCUCACUGUGCAUUGGAUAGUAAUCUUCAAAAAACAUAUGGUGAUGAUUAUGUGAGUGCAUGGGCUACUCAGUGUAAUCUAGGCAAAGCUACGGCUGCAUUCGCUUGGUUGACAUGUAUCAUGUGGAUUGGAUCAUGGAUUUGUACGAUGAUUAUCUUUUGGAAUGAAAAACAAAUUAUUCAACAAAAUAUUAAAGAAACCAAACAAAAUCGAUUAUCUGUACUUGAACAACAACAACAACAAGAAGUAGGUGGUAAUAGUACUUAUCGUACUCCUGGAUAUUAUGGUGAUGAAGAAGAUGAUAUUGGUGGAAUGCGACCUCAAUCUUUUGAACAAGCCAGACCUUUACAUACAGCCACUCCUCCUCCUCCUCUUCAUCAUCAAGUCCCACCACAACAUUAUGAAUCAUCUCCUUUUGAAGAUCCAGCUUAUUAUCAACCUCCUCAACAUCAUCCUAACACUUAUGAUCAUCAAGUUCCCUAUGAUCCUCCAAUGCAAAACACUGGUUUUUCUAUGCCUGAUCCUAGUCAUUAUGGUUCACCUGCUCCUGAUCAUCGAUUCUAAGUAUCAUUAUUUUUUUUCUUUAGUGUAUAUGUAUACCAAAUUCUUUUAGUUUAUUUUAUCAUCAUUCUUAUUCUUACUUUUAUUCCUAUUACAUAUAUAUAUAUAUCAUUCAUUGUAUAAACUUGUUCUUCUGUCUUUUUUAUUUUUUUUUUACAUACAAUAAAAAUGAAUUCUUUUCCCUCAUCUUC